CAGAAACAAAGAGCUGGAGACCAGAAACAAAGAGAUGGAGGAGAAAAAAGAUGAGCUGGAAAAACUAACUGGUGACAACAACAAGCUUGAAAAGGAGAAACAGCAGAUGAAGGAGGAGAUGGAGACCAGAGACAAAGACCUGAAGGAGAAAAAAGAUGAGUUGGAGAAAAUCAAACCUGCUGCUUCCACGUCUAUCAGGCCUUUUAAGAACAGCAGCAGCUCAGACAGUCAGGAGACGUUAAGAGACAUCAAUGUGUUCAUUGAUCCCUACAGCAGAUAUAUCUGUCUCACGAACAUGUCUGAUCAGGACAAACCACUGGGAGGACGUCAGUUAAAAGUCCAGAUCAACAAUAGUGAACCCAUCACAUACACAUUUAAACCAUCAAUGAAACUCAAGGCUGGAGACAAUGUUACUUUCUGCCAUCCAGACUACCUGGUUCUACCUGGUGACCUGGUGUGGGAGGACCUGAAGUCCUGGAAGUCUGGAGACAGAGUCAAGGCCUCUCUGCAGUGAAAUAGUUCCCAGUUGAACUCCUUCAAUAAAGUUCAGUAAUCCAGCAAACAGCAACAUUAUAGAUGAGAAACAGCACGACUCAGAUCUUCCUGCAGAAACCACACACUGCAGAGAAAGUCUCUGGAAACACUUGGCUCCAUUUUAUUGGAUUAGUCAAGUUUGAUGUGAACGUUGGUUUGUUUAAAGACUUUUACAGGAUGACGUCAGUGUUUUAGAUUCUAUGUAACAAGUCUCCUUGUUUCCUCCAAUUAACAAAUGAACAUAACAGUUAACAUUUGGAUGUAAAUGUUGAGAAACAUACGUAUUCUUUUUUUUUUUUUAAAUAAAGAAUACACUUUUGCAUUUAUCAA